GAUACCAAAGAUGAUUUCAUCGAAUUCUAGUAGUGAAAAAAGCUUAAUCAAACUCAUUGAUGAACUUAUAGAAGAAAUCCAAAAAAAAUCUAGAAAAUCUACUGGCGUCAAAGGCGGCGACACGGUUGCUACUCAUGCAGAACGUGACGGCGACAAGGCCGCCCCUGGCAACAAAAGCACUCUUAAAGAAGAAGGAGCCGCCCCCGCCGAAAGUAUUGCCAGUACCAAUACUGGCGGCGACAAGGUUGGUACCGAUAAACCUGGCGGUGACACCGGUAAAAAUGAAGGCGGCGGCGCAGAAGCCAUCGGAAGUGUCCCCAGUACUAGUACUAGCGGCAAAGCUUUUUGCAAAUGGCUAGCUUUUCUGAAGAAGCGUAAGACUAGCACAACUGAUGGCCAGAAAAAGGAGGAGGAGCCAACGAAAAGCACCGAUGCUCCUCCUCCUCCGCCGUGUGAUGAUCAAAUCCAACGUCUGCAUACCAACCUCGUCCAAAUGAAAGCCGCAAUGGAGAGACUCAACAGCUUCGAGAAGGCAUUUCGUCCCAAGGUUGAAGAUCACGGGAAACAAAUCACCGUACUGCUUGGAACACUGGAAAAAUACUUGUCACCACCGCAACUUGGCGGUUCUUCGAAAGAUAUCGAUGUCGGCGACAACGUCAAGGGCAUCCAGGAAAGCCUCGACAAGAUCAACAAGGAGAUGAGGAAGUUGAAGCUCCGGAUUCCGUCGUCAUCGUCGAAAUUAGGCUUGGAGGCGAUGAAGAAGAGAAGCGAUGAGACAAGUGGUAGUGCUGCAUUAAUAGGCGGUGAGCUGGAUAAGCUGCUGAGCUUAGACGCAAGUGGGAGCUUCAACCAAACCUGUGUCUUUGAAGAAAUCAAAGAUAUUUACGAAGGGUUAGAGGAUAAAGCCAAGAAGUGUUUGUUGUGCUUCUCCCUGUUCACCGAGAAUGAGGAACUGAAGAAGAGGAUGCUGACUUAUUGGUGGGAGGGAGAGGGGUUUCUGAGGGCGGAUGACGGCGACGGGAAAAAGGCGAUUGAGGAUGCCGCAGGCGAAAUACUGGAGCGGUUCGAGGCCAAAGGGUUGAUCGAACCAGUCUUCAAGAAGCGGCAGUCGACCGCCAAGGCUUACCGGAUGCAGCCUGUCGUCCGGUCGGCUAUCAUUAAGUUUGCCGACGAGGAACGUGUGUUCAGUUGCGAUGCGAGCGGGAAUCUGGCGGUGAAAUUGUCUUCGGAGACGACCAAGCAAGGGAAAGCUACCAAUUCUUCAAAUCAGCCGUCGCAAUCGCCGUCAUCGUCGUCAAACAAGGAGCAAGAAAAAUCGUAUCUUGAGGACAAACUGGAGACGAUAUUCAAUGUGAAUGAGUCAUUUCCUGAUCUUGGAUUGAAGUGGUUACUAAAAAUGAAAGCUCUCAAAGUUCUCUAUCUCGGCACUUGGCGUGCCUCAGCUAAGCAUCAUAUCGAAGUGGACAGCAGUGAUUUCUUGAAAGGGUUGAAACUUAUGUCGUCUCUUAGGCUGCUUAGCCUUCAGGGCAUCUCAAGGAUCAGUGAGCUCACGGAUUCCAUAAAAGGGUUAAGAAGUCUCAGGAUCUUAGAUCUCAAAGCUUGUCACAAUCUUGAAGAACUUCCAAAGGAAAUAUCAUUUCUCAAGAACCUAACGCAUUUAGAUAUCUCCGACUGUUAUCUAAUAGAUCACAUGCCUAAGGGGCUAUCUUCGCUAUUUAAGCUCCAAGUUCUCAAGGGGUUCAUCGUCGACGAUUAUCUUAACCAAACCGGCAAGUUCUGUAUGCUUGAAGAUUUGGUAGUGAUGAAGAAUCUAAGAAAAUUGAGCAUCAUCAUCAGCAAGAAGGAUUUCCCUGCCGAGAAGGAGUUGAACGCGCUCGAAAGACUGGAAGCGCUCGAGAAGCUAACCGUGUCCUGGGGAGCAGAGUCAACUCAAAGGAAGAAUGCAAGUGAUCAUCAACCAAAUGAAGCAAGAAUAUCCCCACAGAAGAGUGAAACUACUAUGGAGAAACCAAAUCCCCAAAGAAAGGUAACUGCUAGUAGUACUUUUUCACAUACGACGACUGCGAAAGAUCUGCCGCAACAUGUUAGUCCUUGGAAGCUUAAGAAACUUGAUCUCCAGUGUUACCCUCAGCAAACAUCUCCCAAGUGGAUGACGCCCCAGAAACUGGCCAGCCUUGAGAAACUCUACAUUAGAGGAGGAAGACUUGGACACGAACUUCUCGGGUUGUCGACAGGAGUCGAGUGGGAAUCGGUUCAGACUCUGCGCUUGAAGUACUUGGCUGCGCUGAAAAUGGACUGGGAAGAGAUGCAAGCGCUUUUUCCAGGGUUGAUUUACUUGGAGAAAGUUGAUUGCCCUUUGAUCUCUAUGUGCCCUUGUGAUGAGGAUGGAGUGUGGGUGAAGCAUACACAAUAA